AUGGUGCCAAUGGUGCCAACGGCUAGAGAAGCUAUUCGGGUCCACGUAGUGUAUCAGCAGUCCGACAAUUUGCAGAGAGCGCCUGUUGUACUAAUGGAUGCACACUGGACAUUAAACACUCCAACCCCCAGAUUUGAGCUCUUUAAGUAUAUGUCUUCAGUCCACCAGUGGAAAAUCCGAAAUUUGGAUCCCAAAGUCGACGAGACGCUUCUAUACGAGCUCUUUGUUCAAUUCGCGCCCGUCAAGAGCAUCCGGUUGCCGAAAGACAAGGUGCUGCGCAGACACCAAGGCUACGGGUUUGUUGAGUUCUUCAAUGUCAAGGACUGCGAAUACGUGCUCAAUAUAUGCUCAGGACUUAGUCUCUACGACAAGGUGCUGCGUGUGAAGAAGCUGCUUGGAGGCCAGACUGAUGCUCCCGAGAUAGACGAAGAUAUAGGGCCGGUGGUGUACGUCGGGAAUCUGGACAAGCUAGUCGACUCUGGAAGUAUCAGUGCUACUUUUGCGAACUUCGGAACGUUCCGCAAGCCGCCGCAGGUUGUUUCUGGAGAGAAAAGCAACCACGCCUUCUUAUACUACACAGACUUCGAGUCCAGCGACGAGGCGAUCAAAGAGAUGAACGGCAAGAUAAUCAUGAAUCGGCCAAUCAAAAUGGACUACGCCUACAAGAAGGACUCCAAGGAGAAGCACGGAGACCGUACCGAGCGUCUUUUAUACGAAAAGGCCAGGGAGAAUAAUUUUGAGCUGGAGCAGCUGAAAAAACGGUGA